AAAAGGUGGUCCCCGCAACUGAUGACCACAAAAUUGGUACCCACAGAAGAUGGAAACCAGUAUGUGUGUGUGCGUGUGUGUGCAUGUACGCGAGUCAGGUGCUCCUUAGCAGCACCAUGGUGGGAGGGGCUACACCUGUGCAGUAAACUAAUUAGCUCAUCCUGCCACACAUUCAAUUCUGUAAAGUCGAGCCCAGAGUCUGAAAGAUAACUAGAUGUGUUUGCUAUGGAAAGGAUAAAGCUCAGUCAACAACAAGAGGCCGUUGCAGCAGUGAGAUGUUUUGUCAGAGGGUAAAUGUCUUCCAUGGCUACUAACAGUAACUGCUGCAUGUGUCCAUCAAAAAUCUGUCCCCCAGCUGACCUCUAAGGGUUAAGGUUUGGGGUUAGACACGGCUGCCUAGGAUGUUGGUCUCCCCCUUCACACUAAAACUUCAGAUUCUCCAUGGGACUUCUAGAAUAAUGUGAAACAAGUAGUGAUGGACAGCAGCAGAUCUGUCCUUACUUAUUGUCAUUGCCCAAAUUCAGCAUGAACAGAGAAAAUAAAGGGGCCCUAUUCAUAAUUUAUGCAUCAGCAACCCCCUCCUUCGAUAUCUACCAAGGUCAUGUGACCAAGGAUAAACUCGAGCCAUCCUCUGGGUCACUGGGUGUUUCUUUGUGGUAAAAUGUGUUCAAGGGCUUCCAGCAGUGGCUGUCUGCUUAGGUAUUUAGGUUGAGCAGACCGUGGGCCCUCCCCCCGCCUUUUUUGCUGAUCAUGUGAUUGGUCUUACUGUCUGCCCUGCAGUCAUUCAGGACCAGCUUUAGGGGAAACUGCCUCCAGGCUGCAGGACCACUCCAGAGCAGGAAAUCAGACAGCUUCCAGGCGUCAGCUUCACAAUGUCUGGCAGCGCUACAGGCAAAAAGUUGGACCUCUCCAAGCUCACAGAUGAGGAGGCUAAGCAUGUGUUGGAAGUUAUCCAAAGGGAUUUUGACCUGAGGAAGAAGGAGGAAGACAGGCUUGGAGAAUUAAAAACCAGGAUCGAGAGGGAAGACAUCAAGAGAGAGUUGCUUGGAAACCGAACCAGCCUGACUGAAUCCCACUGCAUUCGCUGUCUUCAGGCCUUUAAGUUCCUGGUCAACAUCAAGCGCCAAUGUCUGGACUGCCAGCUUUAUGUGUGCAGGUCCUGCAGCCACUUCAACAAGAACGAGCAGGGAUGGCUGUGUGAUCCAUGCCACAUGACCAGAGUACUUAAAAUUGGAACUUUGGAGUGGUACCACAAGAUUGUGCGGGCCCGUUUCAGGCGCUUUGGCAGUGCCAAGGUGAUGCACUCACUCUUUAAGAGGCUGAGUGGAAAACACAGCUGCUCUCAGGAUGACUUUGACGAGCUACCGGAUUAUGAGACACAAAGCAUGCCUGACGUCUACGGUUUGUACGAUGAGCCCGGAACGGAUGCUGCAGACCUUCAACACUUCAGGCUGAUGAAAAAGACCAAAAGGCGGUUGACCGUUGACCCCUUAGACUUUGUGCCAGGUCAUGACCACUUCAACAGCUCACGAGGACCAGAAGGCCAGGCCCUCCAUGAAGUGGUGCAUAUGGACGUGCCUGACAUGGCAGUUAUUUUUCACCAGAUCGUCCAGAAUCGGAGGAAGAGUCCAGAUGUGGAAAUGCCUCCACAGCACGAUGACCUUAUGGAGAACCGGUCAGUUCCGUCCCGUUCUGCCUCCCGGCUCAGUUACUCUUCUUGUGGCAGCAGCGGUGCCACAGGCCCCCGGAUGGGCAGCAGCUUCCUGCCGGACCUUGAUGGAUCAGAACCGGAGGAGAACCUCUGCCAGCAGUUCCUCAUGUACCAGUGCCAUGGAGGAGCCUCCAGCCACACAUCAGAGGAGAGCUUGAGCGCAGCGCCGCAGAUUAUGGACCUCAACCAACGAUUAUCCACCAUUGAGACACUCCUGACCCGCCUGGAGCUAAAGGUCACCUCCGUAAGAAACGAGGACAACCAGCAUCCAACUCCACCCCGCGUGUCUCCUCCUCUCCAGUGGGAGGAUGUGGACUCCGAGGAGCAGCAGCUCAGGCAGAAGCUUCACCAGAUGACAGACAACAUCAGCGAUCAUAGCCUCACAUCCGAUGACGAAGAGUCUUUUCGGCCGCUCUCUUCACCAGAGGUGCCAGCAUGGAGAAGCCCACAAGGAGAUGGCAAGCCGUCCAGAACGCCAACCAGAUCCUCAUCCAGAACCAGCACUGUCAACUCCAAGCCAGAGGAGGAGCAGACAGCUGCCCACAAGCUCUGCUAUUCUACAGACAGUGAUGAGAAGAGGGAGCCCCCCCUGCAGGAUAUGUUAGUGUCCAGCUUCACGGGCUCCACAGCUUUGCUGGUGGAGCUGGAGGACAAGGUGGCUCAGGCUGCCGCAAGCGUCCAGAGCGCCAAGACUGAGGUUUCUUCCAUUGAGAACCGGAUUGCUGCCCUGAAUGCCACAGGCGUACCUGUGGAUAAACGUAAAAGGUCAGGAACCCCGAUCCAGGCCAGAAGGCUCUCCCACAACCUCCCCACAAGUAAGGAAAGCGGUAAUGAUGCCGGGCUGAUGAGGAGGAGGCUGAGCGUCAUGUGAUUCUGGACCGCCGCUCGCAUCGCUGCUGGAUCCUCCCUGCAGUCUGAGCUGUGGAGUUCAACCUUUUCUUUACAGGAGGACACCUUUCCACUACUUUUAGUGAACUUUGCAUAAAAAUAUUCCACAUAAUAUCCAUACUAUAUAUCCUAAGCGUGAUACAUUACAUUCUCUUUAGUCUUGAAACUUCUCAUUCCAGUGUACAAGCACUGCUUAACAAAUGGGGUUGGGGUUUUUUCUGCUGUGGUCAUUUUAUGUUGAAAUGAAUGGAAGGCGACUUAUUUGUGUAAAAAGAAGAUAGUGCUUAGAUGGUGAACUGACCUGGCUUCAUUUAUGUUCUUUAUCAAAGCGGCCAGACGUCCUGCAGGAACUGCAGACGCUUCCUGCUGCUCCUCACUGUCACAGUCCAGGUUCUUCAAAAAAGGUCUUUAAAAAGGGUUACUACCAAAAUGCAGGACCAGCUGAGAUGGUUUUAACUUGACAUACGAUGAAAAGCAAAUCAACUGAAACAAUAUCUAAUCUUACAAAGAACACAGAUGACAUCACUGAUUUUUAAUUGGAGACAAUUAACCCUUUUUUCACAAAAUGAGCUCAAUUCAAAUGUAACACUGCUUUGGUAUGAAAACGUUAUUAUCCACACUGGCUAAAGAUUUCUGCUCCUUUUUAGAAUAAAAUAGUUCAUUGUGCCUUUUUUUGAAAUCGUAAAAAUACACGUGCAGUUUGUGAGACUUGUGAAGCAGCACUAAUGCACAGCCAAGUAAACCUUUAUAUUACACUUAUGCAGCAGUAACUGGAAAACAAUAGAGACUUUAUGUUAAACCUUUGUUAAAGAAAGAAACAAGAAAAUCUAUGUGUGUGGUAUAUCUGUAAUAAACCAAUAUUGCUCUGUUUUGUUGUUCA